AUGCCCAAUGCCGAUCUGGAGGAUCUCAGUCUCGAACCUGAAGGUCGAAUUGUGUUCAAGUAUUAUCACUAUGAAUUGUUGUACAAUGCGAUCCAAUUCUAUGCAUUUGUACCGGCGAUACUGUUCUGCACGACUCAGAAGGUUGUACAAGUCUCUCAAGUUUUUGCAUGGCCGAGGGCUAUAUAUGAGGAGCCUGGGAAGUAUGGCAGUGGGCUUGAGGGCUGUGUGCUUCUUGGCUUCGACAUCCGCGACGUGCAGAGCCCGGAGGACAUCGUCACCGCGGAACGGCUCGUUUUUCCCGGUGUCGGCGCCUUCGGCUCCGCCAUGGACGUCCUCAACAGGACGGGCAUGGCCGACGCACUCCAUGAGUACAUCCAAAGGGACCGCCCCUUCCUAGGCAUCUGCCUCGGUCUCCAGCUGCUCUUCGAUUCCAGCGAGGAGAACGGCCCGGUGAGCGGCCUCGGUGUGAUACCAGGCGUGGUCAGGCGAUUUGACUCCUCAAAUGGCCUCAUAGUUCCACAUAUUGGCUGGAACGCUCUCCAGAUCACCAAGGACACACCACUGUUGCAGGGAGCUGAUGGCCAGCAUGUGUACUUUGUUCACUCCUACCGCGUACUGCCUUCAGAUGCUAAUAGAGACUGGAUUUCCUCGAUAUGCAACUAUGGUGACAGCUUUAUAUCCUCCAUCUCAAUGGGCAACAUUCAGGCAAUUCAAUUUCACCCAGAAAAGAGUGGAGCUACCGAACUUUCUAUUCUAAAAGAAUUUCUCAGACCUAACUCUCUUGGGACCAAGCAACAGUGA